GGGCGUGCCGCCGGCGCCCGGCUCCCGGAAGCGGCUGCUUCACAGGCUCCAGCCGAGCGGACAGGCGUGGCGGCCGGAGCCCCAGCAUCCCUGCUUGCGGUCCAGGAGCGGAGCCCGCGGCCACCGCCGCCUGAUCAGCGCGACCCCGGCCCGCGCCCGCCCCGCCCGGCAAGAUGCUGCCCGUGUACCAGGAGGUGAAGCCCAACCCGCUGCAGGACGCGAACCUCUGCUCACGCGUGUUCUUCUGGUGGCUCAAUCCCUUGUUUAAAAUUGGCCAUAAACGGAGAUUAGAGGAAGAUGAUAUGUAUUCAGUGCUGCCAGAAGACCGCUCACAGCACCUUGGAGAGGAGUUGCAAGGGUUCUGGGAUAAAGAAGUUUUAAGAGCUGAGAAUGACGCACAGAAGCCUUCUUUAACAAGAGCAAUCAUAAAGUGUUACUGGAAAUCUUAUUUAGUUUUGGGCAUUUUUACGUUAAUUGAGGAAAGUGCCAAAGUAAUCCAGCCCAUAUUUUUGGGAAAAAUUAUUAAUUAUUUUGAAAAUUAUGAUCCCAUGGAUUCUGUGGCUUUGAACACAGCAUACGCCUAUGCCACGGUGCUGACUUUUUGCACGCUCAUUUUGGCUAUACUGCAUCACUUAUAUUUUUAUCACGUUCAGUGUGCUGGGAUGAGGUUACGAGUAGCCAUGUGCCAUAUGAUUUAUCGGAAGGCACUUCGUCUUAGUAAUAUGGCCAUGGGGAAGACAACCACAGGCCAGAUAGUCAAUCUGCUGUCCAAUGAUGUGAACAAGUUUGAUCAGGUGACAGUGUUCUUACACUUCCUGUGGGCAGGACCACUGCAGGCGAUCGCAGUGACUGCCCUACUCUGGAUGGAGAUAGGAAUAUCGUGCCUUGCUGGGAUGGCAGUUCUAAUCAUUCUCCUGCCCUUGCAAAGCUGUUUUGGGAAGUUGUUCUCAUCACUGAGGAGUAAAACUGCAACUUUCACGGAUGCCAGGAUCAGGACCAUGAAUGAAGUUAUAACUGGCAUAAGGAUAAUAAAAAUGUACGCCUGGGAAAAGUCAUUUUCAGAUCUUAUUACCAAUUUGAGAAAGAGGGAGAUUUCCAAGAUUCUGAGAAGUUCCUACCUCAGAGGGAUGAAUUUGGCUUCAUUUUUCAGUGCAAGCAAAAUCAUCGUGUUUGUGACCUUCACCACCUACGUGCUCCUCGGCAAUGUGAUCACAGCCAGCCGCGUGUUCGUGGCAGUGACACUGUAUGGGGCUGUGCGGCUGACGGUUACCCUCUUCUUCCCCUCAGCCAUUGAGAGGGUGUCGGAGGCAAUCGUCAGCAUCCGAAGAAUCCAGACCUUUUUGCUACUUGAUGAGAUAUCACAGCGCAACCGUCAGCUGCCGUCAGAUGGUAAAAAGAUGGUGCAUGUGCAGGAUUUUACUGCUUUUUGGGAUAAGGCAUCAGAGACCCCAACUCUACAAGGCCUUUCCUUUACUGUCAGACCUGGCGAAUUGUUAGCUGUGGUCGGCCCCGUGGGAGCAGGGAAGUCAUCACUGUUAAGUGCCGUGCUCGGGGAAUUGGCCCCAAGUCACGGGCUGGUCAGCGUGCAUGGAAGAAUUGCCUAUGUGUCUCAGCAGCCCUGGGUGUUCUCGGGAACUCUGAGGAGUAAUAUUUUAUUUGGGAAGAAAUACGAAAAGGAACGAUAUGAAAAAGUCAUAAAGGCUUGUGCUCUGAAAAAGGAUUUACAGCUGUUGGAGGAUGGUGAUCUGACUGUGAUAGGAGAUCGGGGAACCACGCUGAGUGGAGGGCAGAAAGCACGGGUGAACCUUGCAAGAGCAGUGUAUCAAGAUGCUGACAUCUAUCUCCUGGACGAUCCUCUCAGUGCAGUAGAUGCGGAAGUUAGCAGACACUUGUUCGAACUGUGUAUUUGUCAAACUUUGCAUGAGAAGAUCACAAUUUUAGUGACUCAUCAGUUGCAGUACCUCAAAGCUGCAAGUCAGAUUCUGAUAUUGAAAGAUGGUAAAAUGGUGCAGAAGGGGACUUACACUGAGUUCCUAAAAUCUGGUAUAGAUUUUGGCUCCCUUUUAAAGAAGGACAACGAGGAAAGUGAACAACCUCCAGUUCCAGGAACUCCCACACUGAGGAAUCGUACCUUCUCAGAGUCUUCGGUUUGGUCUCAACAAUCUUCUAGACCCUCCUUGAAAGAUGGUGCUCUGGAGAGCCAAGAUACAGAGAAUGUCCCAGUUACACUAUCAGAGGAGAACCGUUCUGAAGGAAAAGUUGGUUUUCAGGCCUAUAAGAAUUACUUCAGAGCUGGUGCUCACUGGAUUGUCUUCAUUUUCCUUAUUCUCCUAAACACUGCAGCUCAGGUUGCCUAUGUGCUUCAAGAUUGGUGGCUUUCAUACUGGGCAAACAAACAAAGUAUGCUAAAUGUCACUGUAAAUGGAGGAGGAAAUGUAACCGAGAAGCUAGAUCUUAACUGGUACUUAGGAAUUUAUUCAGGUUUAACAGUAGCUACCGUUCUUUUCGGCAUAGCAAGAUCUCUAUUGGUAUUCUACGUCCUUGUUAACUCUUCACAAACUUUGCACAACAAAAUGUUUGAGUCAAUUCUGAAAGCUCCGGUAUUAUUCUUUGAUAGAAAUCCAAUAGGAAGAAUUUUAAAUCGUUUCUCCAAAGACAUUGGACACUUGGAUGAUUUGCUGCCGCUGACGUUUUUAGAUUUCAUCCAGACAUUGCUACAAGUGGUUGGUGUGGUCUCUGUGGCUGUGGCCGUGAUUCCUUGGAUCGCAAUACCCUUGGUUCCCCUUGGAAUCAUUUUCAUUUUUCUUCGGCGAUAUUUUUUGGAAACGUCAAGAGAUGUGAAGCGCCUGGAAUCUACAACUCGGAGUCCAGUGUUUUCCCACUUAUCAUCUUCUCUCCAGGGGCUCUGGACCAUCCGGGCAUACAAAGCAGAAGAGAGGUGUCAGGAACUGUUUGAUGCACACCAGGAUUUACAUUCAGAGGCUUGGUUCUUGUUUUUGACAACGUCCCGCUGGUUCGCUGUCCGUCUGGAUGCCAUCUGUGCCAUGUUUGUCAUCAUCGUUGCCUUUGGGUCCCUGAUUCUGGCAAAAACUCUGGAUGCCGGGCAGGUUGGUUUGGCACUGUCCUAUGCCCUCACGCUCAUGGGGAUGUUUCAGUGGUGUGUUCGACAAAGUGCCGAAGUUGAGAAUAUGAUGAUCUCAGUAGAAAGGGUCAUUGAAUACACAGACCUUGAAAAAGAAGCACCUUGGGAAUAUCAGAAACGCCCACCACCGGCCUGGCCCCAUGAAGGAGUGAUAAUCUUUGACAAUGUGAACUUCAUGUACAGUCCAGGUGGGCCUCUGGUACUGAAGCAUCUGACAGCACUCAUUAAAUCACAAGAAAAGGUUGGCAUUGUGGGAAGAACCGGAGCUGGAAAAAGUUCCCUCAUCUCAGCCCUUUUUAGAUUGUCAGAACCCGAAGGUAAAAUUUGGAUUGAUAAGAUCUUGACAACUGAAAUUGGACUUCACGAUUUAAGGAAGAAAAUGUCAAUCAUACCUCAGGAACCUGUUUUGUUCACUGGAACAAUGAGGAAAAACCUGGAUCCCUUUAAUGAGCACACGGAUGAGGAACUGUGGAAUGCCUUACAAGAGGUACAACUUAAAGAAACCAUUGAAGAUCUUCCUGGUAAAAUGGAUACUGAAUUAGCAGAAUCAGGAUCCAAUUUUAGUGUUGGACAAAGACAACUGGUGUGCCUUGCCAGGGCAAUUCUCAGGAAAAAUCAGAUAUUGAUUAUUGAUGAAGCGACGGCAAAUGUGGAUCCAAGAACUGAUGAGUUAAUACAAAAAAAAAUCCGGGAGAAAUUUGCCCACUGCACCGUGCUAACCAUUGCACACAGAUUGAACACCAUUAUUGACAGCGACAAGAUAAUGGCGGUGGCAGGAUUCAGCCUCAGGGAACCCAGGAGACAUGCAUUCUGUAGCUUGAGAUUGGGAACUGGCCUCUAUGUUCCCUCGACCCCUAGCUGAAAGCGUCUCCUGUAUUCUAGAGCUUCUGAUCGUCAGCCAGCUUUCAAUUCGGGGGAACACCAUAAAUACGAUUCUUCCUCAGAUCUUUGAUUUAGGAGGUGUUUUGGUUUUUUUUGUUUGUUUGUUUUUUCCCCUUGUUUGCUUUAGAGAUACCGUUCCAGAAAACACAUGUUCUGUUCUGUUAUUCUGAAAGCUGUGAAAACAUACAGACAAGUGAAUCAGCUGCAAAGCUCAGUGCUCCAAAAGGCAGGCUCAGGGAGUGGCUGGGGAAGUGACAGAUGUUAAUGAAGGACAUAACCAACACUAUUGUCAUCAUGCAGUCCUGUAAUUGCAAGUGCUUAAGGUGUAAUAAUUACAUUUUGUUGCAUUGGUGAAUACUUCUCCACAAAGACGGAUAGAUAUGGUUUUGUUUACUGUAAGUAAAUCAAACAAAAGGCUUGUUGGGAAACAACUGCGACCUAAUUAAUAGCUUUGUUUAUGUGUUGACUCUCCAAAGGGAUUUACCCAGUUUUGGUUCAUUAAGCGCCAUCAAUGUGUUAAGCUUAGAAUUUUAUUUUAUGAAGAUGUCCUCUCAGUUUUAACUUUAUUAAACAUGGUGUAGUCUUAAUGACAGCUAAUUUAAUCUUCAUUUGCUCAGUUGCCACAAAACAGUAGAGCAAGACAGACAAGUUAGAAAUCCUCUUUUUUCUAAUACGCACCACUAUCUCCACAUUAAAGACAGCUUCCUCCCUGUAGUUUUUAGGAUUCGCUGGUUACUUGUGACCUGUUUUCCUUUCAGCCAAUAGCACAGCCUUUUCCUCCAGUCCCUGCACACCCGUCCUUACAACGCUCUGGAUUCUCCCUGGUAGUGUGAGUGAACGAGGAAUAAGCGAAUCUGCAGUUAGAGAAUUCUUCGGGAGUGAAUUACAGAGAAGCAAAACCAGGCCUGAGAAAUUCAGAUUGUAGCUCUUUUCUUUGUAGGCAAUCUUAUGGGUGUAUAAUGUAUAUCUUUCUUUCUAAACCCAAAUCUCUUUUUAGUAGCGUUUCCUCAGAGAAAACAAACUAGAAAUCGUUCUAGCAGAACCAGCUGGAGAAACACAACUCAAAGCUAACCUGAGUUUUAUUUAAAUUCUAUGUUUCAUCUUCAUGGAACUUCUCUUUAAGAAACCGACAAUGGCCACAAUUAGAACAUUUCAGAAGAGGAAAAAUUACUUCUUGAAAAAUAUGCUGAGACAUUUAAUUAAAGUGUUCAGGGGGACAAAGAACUAAUGUGAAGGUAGAAAGCACAAACUGGGGCUGGGCGCGGUGGCUCAUGCCUGUAAUCCCAGCACUUUGGGAGGCCGAGAAGGGCAGAUCACCUGAGAGGUCAGAAGUUUGAGACCAGCCUGGCCAACAUGGUGAAACCCCGUCUCUACUAAAAAUACAGAAAAAUUAGCCGGGCGUGGUGCCGUGUGCCUGUAAUCCCAGCUACUCGGGAGGCCGAGGCAGGAGAUGCUUUUGAACCUGGGAGGCAGAGGUUGCAGUGAGCCGAGAUCGCGCCACUGCACUCCAGCCUGGGCGACAGAGUGAGAUCCAUCUCAAAAAAUAAAAAAUGAACAAACUGGGAGAAUAAAUACACACAAUUGCAGAGCUUUGGGGAAGUGGCUGAGUGGGUCACUGGGACCUAUACCCUUCAUCUUCCCCAGGUGAGAAGAAUCAUUUACUGUUUCAAGACCUGAGGCAGGAUUUUAGGUAAUCUUUGCCACAUGCCAUAGUAUCUUGUCCCAGAGAAGAGUCACAGGCACCCAUUUUACCAGUGAGGGAACCAAUCUCCAACGUCAGAUGACUCUCCGUACACCCCUUUCAUCAUGGUGGCCCAGAAACAACUUCUGAAAUGGAAACCCUCCCACCCUCACUCUGCCUGUUGCUAAGUGGGGUUUCUCUGUAUCGCUUGCUGCCAUAGUGAAAGCUGUUCCGAGCUUUUCUUUUCCUAUGGUCAGGCUUUAUCCUUCACCCUGUCCUGCCCUUCCCCUGUUCCUGAGAUCACCCCACUAUCGGCGAUGGCAUCCUGCCAAUUAAAUGGAUUAAAUUGUUUUGCAGUUUGUUCACUUAAUUUUUAUAUCUAGGACAGCUACCUGGAAUAUCUGCAGAUAUUUAGGCCUGAUAAACACAUCUUCAUUGAGCUUAUGUAACUGAGUAACUGACUAAUGCAUUCCAGUAUAAUGUGUUUUUCCUUGACCUUCUGGAGAGCAGCAAGUGAUUUGAGGUUUGCAUUGCUGGAGAGAUCCUGGGGCCACAGGACCAACAUCAAUGCGUGGCUUAGUUUACAGUUUUACUUGGGUAGAGGAAAGGUGAGGACCAAGCAGGAGAUUUCAGGACUGUUUUCAUGUAGCUACAGAAGAUAUGAAGAUACAAAUUCAAGAUUAUGCCCUUUUUUCUGUACAAAAAGAAGAUUCAGAGUCACUUUAUUUUGUUGUAAAAGAUCUAGAAUCUUUGGUCAAAUCAGUAAAUACAGAUUGAGUCCCCUAAUCUGAAAUCUGAAAUGCUCCUAAAUCUGAAACUUUUUGAGCUCUGAUGUGAAGCUUGUAGGAGACACUCAUUGGGGCAUUUCAGAUUUUGGAUUUUCGGAUUAAGUAUGCUGAAUCUGUAAGUAUGUAUAAUGCAAACAUUGCAAAAUUCAAAAGUAUCUGAAAUCUGAAACACUUCUGGUCCCAGGCAUUUCCUAAGUAUACUCAACAUGCAUAAAGGCUAAGUGGGUAAAGUUCUAUUCUUAGCAUUUUUUCAUGUGCAUCCUAACUUGGCCCUUGUAGCAUCUGAUUGUUCCUUAUUUUCUCUUUUCCAAUAUUUAAUUUGUGAGUCAAGCCUCUGCCCUCAUUCCUGCUGUGUCUCCUUUUUGCUUUUUCUCUCUCUUGUCUAUAGCCAUCAACUUGAGGCAUGUGGUCUUCCAAGGCUAUAGCCUGAAUCCUGGCAUCCCUAUACCUCCUUCCAUAUCUGUUUUCCAGGGC